AUGAGUUCACGACUAGAACAACCUUCUCUAUCGCCGCAAACCAGAGUGGUGAUGGAGAGAAGUAGAACUGGGGUCUGGGAGGAUGUUUGGAAACUUCGCGUCCCUAAUAGAAUUUGCCAUUUCAUAUGGCUUGUCAAACAUGGCAGGAUCAUGUGCAACUCGGAGAGAAAGAGAGGUUUUACCCCAGACGAGAGAUGCUGGAUAUACAGAACAGCAAAGGAAGAUGUGGAGUACACCAUAAGACGCUGCCCUGCAGCGAAAGCCAUCUGGAACAGGAUCGUUCCCGAAACCGAGGAACGAAAAAGUGGCGUACAGUGGCUUGAGAGACAAUUCAACGAAGAAAUAGAAGCGGUGAGCAAUGGACCUCGGGGCGGGCAGAUGAGCAUUAACAGAAGGAUUUUUCCGUGGAAGCCCCCGGAUGCAGGCUGGGUUAAAGUUAACACGGACAGGAGCUCUAAAGGAAGAAGCAAUCAGGUUGCUUGCAAUGGAGUGAUUAGAGACAACAAUGCCGAGUUUUAG